AAGACCCACAUUAGAUUUGUCGAUGGGAUUUACUGCACGCUUUUGAACCAACAGUUAAACACCAUUCAGGGAGUAAUGUUACGUCUGACCAUUUUAUUUGCGACUGUAAUUGGGCCGGCCAUUUUGAUGGCUUCGGCGGAAAAAAUACCGAUCGGCAAAUUCAAGACACUUCUCUAUCGCGAACCACCGAUUUCAUCAGAGGCCAUCAGCCCACAAGCUCCCGUACUGGAAUACAUUGAACAGAAUGUGGACAAUUUCAAUCCGAAUAAUGACGACACAUAUCAAAUGAGAUACUACCGGAAUGACGAGUUUUUUGUCAGAGGAGGUCCGAUAUUCAUAUACGUCGGCGGUGAAUGGUCAAUAUCGCCUGGAAGCCUUCUCGGUGGACACAUGUUCGAUAUGGCACGAGAAUUAGGUGCUCAAAUGUUUUACACGGAACACAGAUACUAUGGACAGAGUUUUCCGACGCCAGAUGCUUCCAUGGAAAAUUUAGAGUUCUUGAAUAUUGAACAGGCGUUAGCCGAUUUGGCUCACUUCAUUGUCUAUAUCCGUGAAAGACAUACUGAAUUUGCUGACUCUGAAGUGAUUUUGAUUGGAGGAUCAUAUUCGGCUACGAUGGUUGCAUGGUUCAGACAGAAAUACCCACAUUUGGCUGUCGGAGCAUGGGCUUCAUCUGCACCUGUACUCGCACAAGUUGAUUUUGUUGAAUAUAAAGAAGUGGUUGGCGCAUCGAUACGUAGUGUCGGUGGCGAGGAAUGCUAUAGGCGACUAGAAAGAGCCAUUGGGCAAGCAGAACGAUUGAUAGCGGAUAGAAAUUUUGCAGAGUUUUCCAAUCGUUUCCGGACUUGUGAAGAAAUUACGGAUUAUUCGUAUGAUGUUUGGUCGAUGUUCGGUUUGUUUUCCAAUUUGCUGGCAGGAGUUGUUCAAUAUCACAGACCAGGAGACAUUGAAGGUGUUUGUGAAGAACUUCUCGAUCCAAGCAAUGCCACGGAGACCGACAUUGAUGCCUUCGGUCGUUGGUACACUCAGGUUAUAUUCGGAAACAAUCCCGAUGACGACGAUUGUAUUGACGCCACUUUCGCAAGUGAUGUGGAGUUUUAUCAGAACACUGGCUGGGAUCACUACGCAACGUUGUCAGCCGGGCGACAAUGGUUUUAUCAGACUUGUGCCGAAUAUGGAUGGUAUCAGACAAGCGGUUCAAGAUUUCAGCCGUUCGGUUCAAGCUUUCCGGUGGAAUUGUACGUCAGGUGGUGCAGUGAUGUCUACAGUUCCGUAUUCAAUCGAACUACAAUGGAAGCGGCUGUUGCGCGCAAAAAUGUGAAAUAUGGCGGUAUGAAUCCACAAGUUACCAAUGUUUACUUCACUCAAGGUUCGAUCGAUCCGUGGCGCACGAUGGGCAUUCAGACUGACUUAAACGAUCGGUCCCCGGCUGAUGUUAUUCCCGGUGCUUCGCAUUGCGCAGAUUUGUCUUCAAAUUCACCGAACGAUACUCCUAGAAUGCGAGAAGUGCGUGCCAGAAUUUUGAGUUUAAUAAGAUUAUGGACUGGAAUCGACGAUUGAAGAAAACAGAAUGUUGAAUAAAUUUGAAUUGCUUUAGUCUCUC